AUGGUUCCUGGAAAUAUGACACAGAUCACUGAGUUCAUUCUCAUAGGGGUCUCAGAGCAUCCAGAGCUGCAGGUUCCCCUCUUCCUCAUCUUCCUGGUCAUCUAUGGACUGACCGCGGCAGGGAACCUGGGCAUCAUCACCCUCACCAGUGUGGACCCCCGACUGCAAACCCCCAUGUACUUCUUCCUCCGACACCUGGCUGUCAUUAACUUCGGCAACUCCACUGUCAUCGCCCCUAAGAUGUUGAGCAACUUCCUAGCAAAUAAGAAAACCAUCUCAUACUAUGUGUGUGCCACCCAGCUGGGUGGAUUCCUGGUUUUCAUUGUGGCUGAGAUCUUCAUGCUGGCUGUGAUGGCCUAUGACCGCUACGUGGCCAUCUGCAACCCCCUGCUCUACAUGGUGGUGGUAUCUCCACGUAUCUGCCUGCUGCUGGUGUCCAUCACCUACCUCUAUGGCCUUUUCACUUCCAUUGUGUUUACACUUUGUGUAUUGUCCCUGUCCUUUUGCUCUUCCAAUAUCAUCAAUCAUUUUUACUGUGACAUUACACCUCUCAUAGCAUUGUCCUGCUCUGAUACUUCUGUUACAGAAAUGCUUGUCUUUCUGUCUGCAGGGACAAAUUUGUUUUUUUCCCUCAUGAUAGUUGUAGUUUCCUAUGUCAACAUUGUUCUGUCUAUUCUAAGGAUACGGUCAUCAGAAGGGAGGAAGAAGGCCUUUUCCACCUGUGGGUCACAUAUGACAGCUGUCACAGUUUUCUAUGGGACGCUGCUGUUCAUGUAUUUACAGCCUGGGACCAACCACUCCCUGGACACUGAUAAACUGGCUUCCGUGUUUUAUACCUUGGUGAUCCCUAUGCUGAACCCCAUGAUCUACAGCCUGAGGAACAGGGACGUGAAGGCUGCCUUACAGAGCUUUGUGACAAACCCAUGCGGUUCCUCAUACAAAACAAAACCUUUACCGGGCCGCCGCUGGGGCGGAGGGCUGCUGGAGGAGAGAGAGUGCGCGCAGAGUGAAACAGGAACCAAACCCUUGUUCCAGGAACUCCAGCGCAGCUGGAGCAGGGCGAGCAAGGCGGAGAGAGCAAAGCGUGAUUCUGCGGCAGAAAGCCCCCGAGACACAGACAAAGGGCUGUCCCCCGAGGACUGUAGCGUGCAGCUGGGAGAGCUGACGGCCCCCAGUGUCCCCGUCACAUGGAGAACGCGCCCUGCUCCGCAGUGUUGA